ACUGGUAUUUUUACAUCUCUAAUAGGGAAGAACAGGGAAGAAAAAAAAAACUAAAAAAAAAAACAGAGUGAAAAAGAGAUUGAGAGCGAUAAGGGAGGCUGCUUGAAGGUCGUUGAGUGUUGGAAAUUACAAAAUAAGUGCAGUAAAUAAAUAAAAAAACUGUCAAGAGUGAUAAAUAAUAGAUAUAACAGUGGAGAAAAAAAAAUUUCGUUUAUUUUGACUAAACAGUAAAAAUUCUGUUCAAAUGAUUACCCUACAGUCUCAUAACCAGGUGCUGUACCAUCUGACUCAACUAACGUCAGCUUUUACGCCAAGAACAUCAACGUACACAACAAGAGUCAAGAAACAACAUCAAGCCACAGCAACAAAAACUAUCAAUCAUAUAUGCUCAAAAAAUUUCGUUAAAAAUAGCACAGCUUCACUUGAAAAUUUAGAUGUUCACACUGUUUUAGAAACACGACAUUUAAACGGUCAUGACAUCAACGUAAUAACAUCAAAACAAAUAAAUCAUGUACCUAGAUCGAUUGAUGCUCAUGACGGCUGGAAGAUAUCCUAUAUUUCUGGCUCAACAUUUGAUGAUAAUAAACGUGGAUUAUUAAACUCUCUCAAUGGUUCAAAAAAUUAUUUUGGGUUAUCAAAUAAUAAUUUUUACGCGACUACAUUACUUGCUAACGAUAUAAUAGCACGUGGAUUCAAAACACAAAGAAAUGUCACAGCUGAGAUUGCAAGAAAUCCAUCAAUGGCUGGACGAUUUCGUUCUUGGAUUGGUCUUUCAAAAUUUGCUGAUGAAAAGCCCAAAGCAACAAUUGAACGAACUGAUUUGGAAAAUUUACGAAGUAUUUUAAAUAAUACUAAUUUAUCAAUUGAGGACAAAAAGCAUGUGAAAGUUGCAUUUGCCGAAGGUUAUCUUGCUGGAAAUGAUCGUAAAGUACCUGGACGUGGAUUCAAAUGGCUAAGACUCAUCCAACAAUUCACAAUGACUGUUGUAGCAUUUGUUAUUUUAUUAUCAAUUUUAGCAAGUACCAAUGGUGGUAGUAUGUUCAGAAUACCACUUGGAAGUCAUGCUGCAGUUGACCCUGAAGAAAUUAACGUAACCUUUGAUGAUGUUAAAGGUGUUAAUGAAGCAAAACAAGAGUUAGCUGAUGUUGUUGAAUUUUUAAAAAAUCCAGAUAAGUUUUCAGCUUUGGGUGGCCGUCUUCCAAAAGGUGUUCUCUUGGUAGGUCCUCCCGGAACUGGAAAAACUCUGCUAGCACGUGCUGUUGCUGGUGAAGCUAAAGUGCCAUUUUUUCAUGCAGCUGGUCCAGAGUUUGAUGAAAUAUUAGUAGGUCAGGGAGCACGACGUGUGCGUGAUUUAUUUAAAGCAGCCAAAGAACGAGCUCCAUGUGUUGUAUUUAUUGAUGAAAUUGAUUCUGUUGGUGGUAAAAGAACAACGUCUGUUAUUCAUCCAUAUGCAAAUCAAACAAUAAAUCAGUUGCUUACUGAGAUGGAUGGUUUUCAACAUCAUGAGGGCGUUAUUGUAUUAGGAGCAACAAAUCGGCGUGAUGAUUUAGAUGCUGCUCUUCGACGUCCUGGACGUUUUGAUAUUGAAGUAUACGUUCACAAACCUGAUUUAAAUGGUAGAAAAGAAAUUCUUGGAUUAUAUUUAGCUAAAGUAUUAACAAAAACACUUGAUAUUGAAUCACUUGCACGAUCAACAAUGGGUUUCACUGGUGCUGAUAUUGAAACAAUGGUUAAUCAAGCUGCUUUACGUGCAGCAAUUGAAGGUGCUGAUCAUGUGACAAUGGAGCAUUUAGAAAAAGCACGUGAAAAAGUUCUUCUUGGGCCAGAAUUAAAAGGACGAAUGCCAGAUAAAGAAGAAACAAAAAUAACAGCCUAUCACGAGGCUGGUCAUGCACUUGUUGGUUAUUACAGUAAAGACGGUCAUGCUCUAACCAAAGUUACAGUCAUACCACGAGCUGGAAGCCUUGGUCACACGAGUUAUGUACCUAAAAAAGAUGUUUAUCACGUUACCAAGAGUCAAUUACUUGCUACUAUGGAUGCAAUGAUGGGUGGCCGUGCAGCUGAAGAAUUAAUAUUUGGACCUGAUAAAGUUACAACUGGAGCAUCCAGUGAUCUUCAGAGAGCAACAGAAAUUGCUGAGACAAUGGUUAAAAAUUAUGGUAUGUCUGAGAAAGUUGGUGUCAGGGCAGAAAGAGAAUCAAAUAACAACGAAAGUGGAUCAGAUUAUAGUCCCAAUACUACAGAACUCAUUGAUGGAGAAGUCAAGCGUUUAUUACAGGAAUCUUAUGAGCGUGCUAAAAAUAUUUUAAAGACUCAUGCGAAGGAACACAAAUUAUUGGCUGAAUCGCUUAUUAAAUAUGAAACACUUGAUGUCGAAGAUGUUAAAGCAAUUUUAACUGGUAAAAAAUCACCAGCCGAAACAAUUACCGACAAACCAAGACCGAUUGUUGAUGUUCCAACGAUUGUCAUCUAAUAUCCGAGACUGAAGUGAUUUUUCUUUUUCGUUCGUUGAUUAAGUAAUUAAAAUAUAAAAAUACAUCAGAUACAUCUCAAACGAAAAUUAAUAAACAACAUAAAAUAAAUAAAUUUAUAUUGAUAUGAAAAAGUUUGUGUGCAAAUAAUGAUUUAUUUGCGAUCUUAAUCAUAUUACUUUUUCAAUAUAUUGUAUAUUAUUGUAAUGGUUUUGACUUAAACUAGAUAAAUUCGUAGUAAACAUUUCAUCACAAAUUGCUUUUUUUAGAAAAAUUUUAACAAUUAUUGUGAGGACAUGUUUGUGAAAAGAUAAAUAAAAAUAACAAAAAAUGUUUUGUACAGUAAAUAGAAAUACAAGUGUUGAUUCGAUAUUUUUUUUUUUUCUUUUUUUUUCUUCAUUUGUUUGAAAAAAAUAAUAAACUUAAAUGAUUCAAUCUAUCUAUUAUGACUGAAACAAUUGAAAGUUCUUGGAUAGGCCAUACAAUGUUAAUAUAUAUUAAUUCAUUGAUCAAUAUUGUAAUUAUUAAUUAUACAAAAUUAUAUAUAUAUAUUAUACAUGCGUAUUUAUUUCAUAUAUAUAUAUAUAUAUAUAUGUAAUUCCUAUCUAUAGAUAAAAAUUUUUUUUUUUUCUUUUAACUAGUACAUGUAAACUUGUUAAACAUUUGUGUAAUAGGUAUACUUCUGAAUAUGAUAUCUUAUAACCGAUUUGUCAUAAUAUAAAUAUUGCCAGUAAAAUUUGAUUCGUAUCAAUAUAAAAAUAAAAUAAAAAAACUACCAAGGAUUUCAACUUUCGAAAAUUUCGAAAUUAUAUUACAAAAAUUCAAAGAAAAAAAAUACAGAAAAAGGUGGAAAGGUACACAUUAUGUACAUGCGCGUACAAGACAUACUGAUACAUAAGCGAAUAAAUAUCACAGUUUUACUAAAUUAUUAUAAAGUAAAAAAACAAUGAUAGUUUUUAUUAACUAGUCAAAUUGACAAGAAAAACCUAUUGCCUUUUUUUUCAAGUUUUUAUUUCUAUUAAAAAGAUAAUUUUUGCAAGAUUUAAAGAAUCAAAAAAGAAAUCAUAUUAAGCAGUUAAAUGAUCAUAAAUGAUAAAAUCAUUGUUUUUUUUUCGUAAUAUGUAUAAAAGUCUACAAGUAUACAAUUUUAUCGGGAUCCAGUGAUAGAUAAAAACAUUCGUACAAUUUUUAUUAGUAUAAAAUUUUCAUGUAAACUAGUCACUUUUUUUUCUACUAUUGGCUUUUAUUUAAAAUUGUUAUUUUAGGUUCAUUAUAUGUAGCUAUUUUUAAGCAACGGCUUCAUAUAUUAUUUUAUAGAAAACCUGUAAAUCCUUGAUCACAUCACAAAAAUAUUAACAACAGUAGUAAUAUAAAUUUAUUCUUAUCAAGUUUUGUUGAAUUUCUUUGUGGUUUUCGAGAAAAAAAAAAGUUUGACCUAGUGUUUCAUAUAUCAUAUCAAUAUUUCAUUUUAUUCUGUUUUGAUAAAGUAAGAAUUAAUAUAAUAAAUCAAAUCAAAUGGUGAAACUAUCGUUGAGUUAAUUGCAUUUUUAUCUACGGAAUACAUAAUUCUUUUUCUUAUAUAAUUGUUAAGCCUAUCAACUUUUUUUUUAAUUAUUGUUUUUAUUAAUAAUACUAUUGAUACGAAUCCCGAUAACAUGGUUAUAUAGAAUAAGACAUUGCUAGUACGUUUGUGCGUGUAAAUUAUUUUUAUAUAUUGUUUUUUUUUUAUUUUACAAAUUUCUUUUCUUUUUUUUUCAAUUCGUGCACGAUUAUUGAUAAAACAAGAACGAUAUAAUUUAGAAUAUUCAGAUGGAAAAACAUACAUGGGAUUAAAAUUUUUUUUAAUCAAUAUUUUGUAAUCUCACUAAAUUUCAUCCGUCCGAAGCUUGACUUUAAAAAAAUUAAUACUUUUUUGGUACAUUGUUCGAAUGUUUGCGCUCAUUAUUAAAUAAUUUAGAUAUUUUCUUUUUUUUUGCUUUUUUUUCUUUCCUUUAUUAAGAAAGAAAAUAAAUAAAUAUACAAAUUGCAAUAAUUCAACUGGGAAUUUUUUUUUUUUUAUAAUUGUCAACGAGUUUUGAUAAAAUAACAUUUAAUUUUUUUUUUUCUUUGAAAAAAUUGUUUAAAUCAACUUUGUAUUACGUCAUAAAGUUAACAUAUUAUUUAGAUUACAUUUUUUUUUUAUAUAUAUAGACUUGUCAAAUUGCACGAGAAAAUGUAAAUGUCAUUAUCAAACAUUAUGGCAAUUCGCAUUUUUUACAUGGAAAUUAUAUUUAAAAAAACGUUAUGCUCCCUUUGUUAUCACCAGUAUAAAUAGGGGCUAAAUAAUAAUACAUAUCAUAAUAAUGCAUUUAACGAGCUGCCAGUAGACAUUUCGUUUCAAUGAGCUAUAAAAUAGUUUGUACAAAAUAAACCAGAUUAAAAAUUGUGGUGUUCUGGUCGGUCUAAUUUUUUUUUUUUUUUUUCUUCUUUUUCUCCUUCAUUAUAAAUUUCAUCUUAUAUUUGUAUUAUUAUUUUUAGGUCUGUUUAUUUAAAAACAUUAAUCGAUAACAAAAACGACAAAACAAGCAUUCAUCAUAUCAUUGUUGUUC